AUGAGCUCCGCAGAUGGAGACAGCGACGUCAGCGGUGGCAGCCAAGAUGUCAAUGCCGCUGACGGAGCUGCGGCCGCCCUGCGCAAUGAUUCCGCGCCCGAUAUGGCCGCGCCCGAUAUGGCGCGUGCCGACUCGGAGCUCAGGCAUAUCAUCGAGGAGGAGCAGAGGGACCUCCGCGCGGAUUCUGGGAAUGGCACCAACGGGACAAACUUUCAUGGCUAUGGCAAGGUCAAAGGACAGCAACCGCAAGAGGAUUUGGAACCCGGGAGCCCUUCGCCGUCUUUACCCAACCGGAAAGCUUCAGUUGAUGCCAUGAGCCCAGAAGGCUCCAUUUCAACACCUGACGAUUCCCCCUCAGUCCAGGGUUCCGCACUUUCGUCCCCCGGUAGCAGUAUCCCUGCGUCGUUCGCAUCAUUCGGGAGAGGCCAGCGACCACCGUCAUUGCAGCCUUUCGAACGCCGAUUCUCAGCAAGAACACCAGUCUCGCCGCGCGACUCGCCGAGAGCACUCUCACCCGCUUUCCUUGGAUCCAACUCCAGGCAGUCGUCGCUCUCGAGCCAGCUCCUACAAAAUCAGGACGAACCCGACACGCCACAGCCGCCAUGGGAAGUUGUACGGUGGACAAAGCUAAAAAGGAUAACCGGCCAGGCUUUUUCAGAGCUUGGCAAACGGAAUUUCGGCCGGCCAACCUGUCUGGCUGUUGCCGCUUCUAUUAUUAUCGGAACUUCGAAGGGGUUAAUUCUAGUUUUCGACUACCACCAGACGCUGAAGUCCAUUAUUGGACCUGGUACAAAAGGUAGGAGGCCCUCCAUUUAG